AUGGAUACUCUUCCAUCAAACCAUUUCUUAUUCACAUCUGAGUCAGUAACCUUAGGUCAUCCUGAUAAACUCUCUGACUACAUAUCUGAUUCUGUUUUAGACGCUUGUUUAGAAAAAGACCCUGAAUCCAAAGUAGCUUGUGAGACUGCUUGCAAGAAUUCCACAGUUAUGGUAUUUGGUGAAAUAUCGUCAGCCUAUCCAAAUAUAGUAUACGAGCAUGUAGUUCGUUAGGCUAUAAAAGAAGCGGGUUAUGACAGUAUUGAUAAAGGUUUAGAUUACAAAAAUGUCUUCGUAAUGGUCGCGUUAGAUUAAUAAUCAAUUGAAAUAGCAGAUGCAGUCCAUAAAAAUAAAAACUACGAAGAUGUAACAGCAGGAGAUUAAGGUCUUAUGAUUGGUUAUGCUUCUGAUGAAACUAAAGAAAUGAUGCCUUUAACCCAUUUGUUAUGUAAUAGAUUAGUCGAAAGAUUAAUGGAGUGUAGAUAGGGGGGUAUUUGUGAUUGGAUGAGGCCUGAUGCAAAAGUAUAAGUUACAGUGGAAUAUAAAUAAGAAGGAACUUAAAUUACUCCCUUGAGAGUACAUACAGUUUUGAUUUCAUAAUAACAUAUUCCUUCGAUUUCUUAUGAGAAGAUUUAACACGAUAUUCUUACUUAGGUCAUUAAGGUUGUUAUCCCUGCUAAAUAUUUAGAUGAUAAAACUAUCUUCCAUAUUAACCCUUCUAGAUCUUUUAUUGUAGGAGGACCCUGUGGAGACGCUGGGUUAACAGGAAGAAAAAUCAUCGUUGAUACCUAUGGAGGAUGGGGUGGUCAUGGAGGUGGUGCCUUCUCUGGAAAAGAUCCGACUAAAGUUGAUAGAUCAGCAGCUUAUGCAGUUAGAUGGGUAGCUAAGUCUUUGGUUAGUAAUGGUUUUUGUAAAAGAGCGUUAGUUUAGGUCUCUUAUGGAAUCGGUAUUGCGAAACCUUUAAGUAUUUAUGUUAAUACUUAUGAUACAGCAAUAUAAGGAUACAAUGAUUUUGAUUUAAAAGAUAUUGUUGUAAAAGCUUUUGAUUUAAGACCAGGUAUUAUUAUUAGAGAUUUGUAGUUGAAAAGACCUAUUUAUAAAAAAACUGCACAUGGAGGACAUUUUGGAAGGGAUGAUCCUGAUUUUACUUGGGAAAUUCCUAAAGAUUUAUCAUAAUAUAAAAAAUAAUAAUGAGAAAAGAUAAUGAAAUUUUUUAUAUAUAUAUAAUAUUUAAAAAAUUAAUUAUUUGUGAUAUUAUUUUUAUUUUUGAUAAUUUUUUUAAAGAUUUUUUUUUUUUAA